AUGAUCAAGCAAAUCCUCGGGAGGCUUCCCAGGAAGCCUUCCAAAUCCGGUGACCAUCGGGAUGCUGCACUUUCUCAGUCGAAUCCACCCGCCAGUUCCAGCGGCAGCGAUCCUUCCGGCAACCAUAAUCCCUCGAAGCCGGGCGGCGCCGCCCCUCGAAGCAAGCCCCCCCCGGAGGCCCCCCUCGUCAAGCUCAACGGGAACUCCAUCGCCUCCGCCUACGAAGCAUUGCCCAGCUUCAAAGACGUCCCCAGCGCCGAGAAGCAGAGCCUCUUCAUCCGCAAGCUGAAUCUUUGCUGCGUGAUCUUCGACUUCACCGAUCCUGCGAAGAAUCUCAAGGAGAAGGAGAUCAAGCGGCAGACCCUCCUGGAGCUGGUGGAGUACGUCACCUCCGCAAACGGGAAAUUCCCCGAGAACGCCAUGCAGGAGAUCGCCAGGAUGGUUUCCCUCAACCUCUUCAGGGCCUUCGUCUCCCCUCCGCGGGAGAACAAGGUCCUGGAGGCGUUCGACGUUGAAGAAGACGAGCCCACCAUGGAUCCCGCUUGGCCGCAUCUGCAGAUCGUCUAUGAGCUCUUCCUCAGAUUCGUCGCCUCCCCGGAGACCGACGCGAAGGUCGCCAAGAGGUACGUCGACCACUCCUUCGUCCUCCGCCUGCUCGACCUCUUCGACUCCGAGGACCCCCGCGAGAGGGAGUACCUGAAGACCAUCCUCCACCGAGUGUACGGGAAAUUCAUGGUGCAUCGCCCGUUCAUCCGCAAGGCCAUCAACAACAUCUUCUACCAGUUCAUCUUCGAGACAGAGAAGCACAACGGCAUCGCAGAGCUGCUGGAGAUCCUGGGGAGCAUCAUAAAUGGCUUCGCCCUCCCGCUGAAGGAGGAGCACAAGCUCUUCCUCGUCCGGGCCCUGAUCCCCCUCCACAAGCCCAAGUGCGUCGCCAUGUACUACCAGCAGCUCUCCUACUGCAUCACCCAGUUCGUGGAGAAGGACUGCAAGCUGGCGGACACCGUCAUCAGGGGCCUGCUCAAGUACUGGCCGGUCACCAACAGCUCCAAGGAGGUGAUGUUCUUGGGAGAGCUGGAGGAGGUCCUGGAAGCGACCCAGCCCGCCGAGUUCCAGCGCUGCAUGGUCCCUCUCUUUCGCCAGAUCGGCCGGUGCUUGAACAGCUCACACUUUCAGGUGAACAUCUCAGAGCUCCCCCAUGGCUUAUUUUAUUUUAUUUUUUAAAAAACUCUGUUUUUCUCCAUUCUUUUUUCUCUUCGCUCCUACUGAGUCUACUUCCGUGCGACUGAAGAUUUUUCCUGAUCGAGGAAGAUAUGGAAAAGAAACAGGAGGGACCCUUUUUUUCUGGGUCAACUCAAUGGCGCAAUCAAAUGCAGUGGAACUUCCCAUUUUCUUAAAGAUUUGCUGGGUUUUGGUUCAUGCGGUGGUUCUGUGUUUAUUUCUCCUGCUCAUUUCCUCUUCUGGCAUGGAUUGAGGUCCUUCCACCCUGUAGUUUUGGGCAUUCAUCCAGUGUUCUUCUCCUGAAACUUCUAGGGAAUGGAGAGAGCAAUUAUGGAAAGCUUGCGUGGCUGUGAUCUUCUUCUUCAGGAAGUGCUUACCCAUUUGAAUUGCCCAUUUUUGAGAUAAAAGACGGGGGGCUUUAAAUUAUGGUGCAUUUAUUUUUAUUAGGGCUUGCCAUUGACCCUUUCCUGCAAUCAUAAUAUCAUGAUGGAGAGGACCGGCCAUUGACUUUAUAGGGCUGGAUUCAGUGACAUCUUACUACAAAAGAGUGGUCUUGUUCUUGAUCAAUAAUCGAAAUAGCAGUUCAAGUGAGCUUGACUACCUCAUAGAUUCAGGGGAUUCAAUAUUUUCAAGGUUCGACUAUCUUUAGCUUAAUUUUCUGCCUUCUACUCUGAUAGGUGAUUCUGCUCCUGAACCAGCUCGGCCGUGUCUACUGAUAACUGGCGGUCCUAACUGCAGCUGCCACUGGUCAACUAGAGUUGACUUUUGGUGUGGACAUGAGCCCAUUACUGCAGAUUUUUCCAGCUUUUAGGGGCGUCAUCUUUGGACUUGACUGGCUGAGGACAUUAUCAUAACCCUAAAACCUCACAGUUUGUGAGCCCAAUAAUAUGCAGCUUGGGUUCCCUAAGGAUGGUGUUAAACCACUCUUGUGUCUUCCCUACCAGAAAUAGCUAUCCAUCUUCGCAAUCUUUGGAUUUUUUUGUGCUCAGUAAGGAGAAUAUUAUUAUUUUGCAUGAUCGGUUGUUUCCUUAGAUGUUGACCAUUAUUUUCUUUGAGAUAGCUAUCCAGCUCAGCUCAUUGGAUUUUGAAAAACAGGUGGCGGAGAGGGCCCUGUUCUUGUGGAACAACGACCACAUCGAGGGCCUGAUCAAGCAGAAUCUGAAGGUGAUUUUACCGAUAAUCUUUCCUGCCCUGGAGAGGAACACGAGGACCCACUGGAACCAGGCAGUGCAGAGCCUCACGCUCAACGUGCGCAAGAUCUUUGCCGACCACAACCCCGAGCUCUUCGAGGAGUGCCUGCAGAGGUUCCACGAGAAGGAGGCCAAGUCGAAAGAGGCCCAGGCGCGGAGGGACUCGACGUGGCAGCGCCUGGAGGAGCUGGCGGCCAUAGGCGGCGCCCGCGCUGAUGCCACGCCACCACCCGCUCGAACCCGGAGCCCCCGCCCGCUGCCUAGCUAG